AUGGGAUUGUGCGGAAGUAAAAAGGCGAACCUUUGUGAAAUGUCGGAUGAGGAAGUUGCGGCAAUUCGCGAAGUUUGGAUAAAAGCAAAAACUGACAAUGUUGGAAAGAAAAUUUUACAAACCUUAAUUGAAAAAAGACCAAAGUUUGCUGAAUAUUUUGGAAUUCAAAGUGAGAGUCUGGAUAUCAAGGCUUUGAAUCAGAGCAAAGAAUUUCAUUUGCAGGCUCAUCGUAUACAAAAUUUUCUUGACACAGCUGUUGGAUCUCUAGGCUUUUGCCCAAUUUCCAGUGUUUACGAUAUGGCUCAUCGAAUCGGUCAAAUACAUUUCUAUAGAGGUGUCAAUUUUGGAGCCGAUAAUUGGCUCGUUUUCAAGAAGGUUACUGUUGACCAGGUCACCACCGGAUUAACGGAUAGUUCUAAAGAAGACACUAAUAGUAAUGGAACGAAUAAUGGAAAACAAAAAGAGACCGAAGCGAAUCCUAUAACGGAUAUUCACAACAUUUACAGCGGUGAAAAUUGCCUUUCAAGGCUUGGCUGGAACAAAUUGAUGACUGUUAUUGUUCGAGAAAUGAAACGCGGAUUUCUUGAGGAGGCCAUGAGAAAUUGUAAAGAAGAGGAUAAUAAUGCUCUUCUGAAUGCUUAA